AUGUCAGACAGAGCCAGCACCGAAAAGCUUUUUAACAAUUUAUUUACACAGUACAGAGGCAAUUUUUGUUCUAAAUUAGUAGAAAACUGGUCAGAUUUAUCAGAUUCAGAGCGAAAUAUUCACCUAAAUAUCAAUCAUUUCUUUUGCGGUCUUCAUCUAUUAACUGGUUUGGCCGAUAAAAGUGCGUCUGAAUUGAAGAAAUUUGAGGAAAUGUAUUUUAAAACGUAUUCGGCCCAAACGUUUAAAACCGCUUCUUCAUUUUUGCCAAACGGACCUGGGUGUGUUCGAUUGGUUCGGACCAUCUGUAAAGCUUUUACAAAGGGUGGGGACGAAAAGUCGGGUUGUUAUUUGCCUUUUAAGUUGUAUCUCAAGUCCCUUGGGAUUUCAAAAUUACCGCUAACGCCAUUUCAUGGUAACCGGGAAAAUAGAUUGACCCAAAGCAUAUUUUUAGAUAUUAAAAUUCCGUUAUUUCAUAUUGAGUGCCAGGCUUUGGGCUUGAUAGAUAAAUUAAUUACAGCUCCACUGUGGCGCAUACUAGAAAACGAAAAUGAUUCGGUCCUUGCUAACCUGACGAAAUUUGAUUCUGAUUUAACUUUUAAUUCAACCCUGAUCCAUAUUUUGGAAGUCCUCUUUGCCGAGUUUAGAAAGUACAUUGCAAAAAUUUUACUUGAGUAUCGAGAUGACUUUAAUCCUUCGUGUUCGAGUUCUGCCAUGCCUCACAACAAAUUACCGGAAACCGUGUUCAGUCAUCUCGAUAGAUUAAUGAGGAUC